UCGGCCUCAUCUUGGGACCCAAACACCCCAAACCACAUUUUUCAGCCCAAAUUACUGGAGCUUGGCUGGGGGAGAGCAUCGCCAUGACCCCCUCCCUGCAAACAGGGCAUUUUGAGGGAUAUCUGUGGUGUAUGGGGCAAAACCUGCCUGGAGAAACAGGCAUGGAACCAAUUCCCAGGGCCGUGAGCUGGAUGAGGAGCAGGGGGAAGCUGGGACCCAUCAGCUGGGAGAGACUCUCACCUGUGGGAGGGCUAAUGAGUUGAUGUGUUAAUUGGGAGCAGCUGGGAUGUAGUCACCUCCUCCCACCCCUGGGAAAACAGUUAAAAGCCCCGUGAUGGGCAGGGGGGUUGAUGCUCUCUGCUCCUUGGGUGCUGCCAGGUGAGGGGGGUCUGCAUGGGCUGAGGGGAGGUUUUGGGGAGGAAUGGGGUGACCAGUAGCCUCCCAGGUGAUGCUGGGGCUUGGGGCAAGCUCUGCUGGGCUGGAGCAGCUGCUUGGUGCUGCUGGGACCAAGGAGCUGCUUGGGAAGAGAACUCCUGUCCAUGGGGUGUUCUGGGGAAGAGCUGUCACUGGGGUGGGGGGAGCUGGACCCCUGCCUGAUGCUCUGCUGUGUCUCCCCACAGCUGGGCUCUGCCCAUGGCCUCUCCCAGGCAGAGCUGGGGGCUCAGACCACUGGACCCCCGCAACAUUGCUGCCUGUCAGGCAAAAAUGAUGCUCCAUGGUGAAAGAGAAGGGGCUGCAGAUGUGGCCCUGGGUCCUGCUGCCCGUGUGGCUGCUGCUGCCAGUGGGCUGCGGUGCAAAGCUGUCCUAGUGCUGGCCGUCUGUCUGUCUGCCACUGUGCUGCCCUACAGCCUGGGGGCUCUGGCUGCUCCCAUCCACGGCUCCCUGGCCCCUUCCCACACUUGGCCAAGCUCGCCAGCUUCAUGGAGACGGACAAGUGAUGAUGUGGUGGUGACACGUGGAGAUCUGCUCACCCAGCCAGAGGUGCAUGAAGAUGGUGGGAUGCUGGUGGGCUCUGCAGGCACCCCAGGCUGCUGCCUGGACGUAGCAGAUGUGUCCUGUGGUGCCAAUGACAAGGGACAGAACCUGGGGAUGCCGGCGAUGGCCACAGCAAGGAGCUGCAGUGGGCAGAAGCAGGAGGUGAGCACAAGCCAUGGCCUGCCUGGGAAUGAGGAUCCUGCUGCUGCUUCUCCCCUGGUGUCCCUUCCAGGGGUCCCCUUGGGCUUGCCAUCAGAAAGGACACCCAGCCUGCCUGAAACCCAGCCUGGCACUGCAUGGGUCCCCUCUGCUGUGACAGCUGAGGUGAUCUGGGGCACACAGCCUGCUGGCACCUCCCUGCAUGGCGGAGCUGAGCUGUUCAUGGACACUGGUUUGGCCAAGGUCCCCGAAAACAGGUCUGGACUUCUGGCCCCUGUCUGGGUGUCCCCGCCCAGUGCCACAUCGGCUCAUGCUGUCAGCCACCCACAAGAACUGGCUCCCUUCCUCCCUACAGAGGAGACUAGAGGACCUACUGUCACCUUGGGGAUGAGAAGUGACCCGUCCUUCUCCCCUGCACAUGGGACUCUGCUGACACCCACUGAGGCCUCUGCUUUGCCUUCUCGGACCAGAGCUCCCAGUGCUGCAGGUCCUGCUGGGACUGGAGUGAGCUGGACAGUCCCUGCUGCCCCCACAGAGCCCAGAGCAACCAGAGUCCCCUGUGAGGAUGGAGCUGUGAUGGUGGCUUUCCCCUCUCCCAGAGCUGCAGGUGUGACACAUGGCUCCUCCCUGGGGUCAUCUGCCCGGAGGUCACCUCUGCGCCCAGAUCCCUUCCUCCCCAUGGCACCCGGGGAUGGACCCACUGUGGGGUGGCACUGGGCCACGGUGGUGGCAGAGAUGAGUGUCCUGCCUGGAACAGUGGCUGUGACAGCGGCAGUUGGGCACAGCAAGCCCAGCACAGCACCGGUGCGACCUCCAGCAGGACCUCCAGGGCCCUCCCACGCCAGCCCAAGCUCUGUGCCUCCUCCCAGCUCCAAGAACCCUGCUCCUGAGCAUCAGUCCAAGGCUGAGCACCACACUAGCACCCCAGGUUUGCCAUCUCCAACCUAUGUGCUGACUCCUGGAGCUCCACAUGCUGCCAGCUCCCCACCCAGCUCUCAGACCCCAGAUGCUCCUGCAGGAGUGACCCCUGAUACUUGGUCCACAGCCAGAGCGCAUCUUCCUGCAGCCACAGGAGAGAACUUUACCCCUGCUGAGCAGCUGCUGAGCAAACCGGGGGUGAAGCCCCUCACAUCCCACCCCACAGGACUCCCCUCUCCUGCUCAGCUCCCGCAUGUGCUGCCGCUGCAGUUCCGGCUGUUGGGUGUCACUUACACCGCAGCCCUGAGCAACAGCUCCUCGGGGAGAUACCGGCAGCUGGAGGAAGAAGUGAGGCUGUUGCUAAACCAAGUGCUGUCCUCCUAUGAGACCUUCCUGCAGGCCAACGUCCUCGAGUUCCUGAAUGGCUCUGUGGUGGUGCGAGGGGAGGCUCUGUUCCGUGGGGACAAUCCAGCUCCCACCAGCUCCCACCUCAUCCGGACACUGGUCACAGCAGUGAGCAGGGGAAGGAGACCCUUCAGCUGGCAGCUGGAGCCCCGCUCCAUCCAGUCAGGUGGCUUCAGCCUGGAGAACCUCGAGCCAGAGAAGCUGUCCUUCUCCCUCACUGCCUUCCAGCUAGGGAGGAGCAGGAUAGAAGCCUUGGAGAGUCUGACCAGUGAGGUGACUCGGUGUCUCAGUGCCCAUUACCCUGUCAGGAAUGUGGGCAUCACCCAGCUCAGAGACCUCCAUGGGCACCUGGAGAUUGAUGGAGACAUCUAUCUUGACACAAUUGUCCAUACUGAUGUUGCAGAGGUUCUGCAGGCCAUGACAGCUCUGGCCAACUGUUCUGUGGACCUGCUGUCCCUUUCGGUGGAGGGAACUGGGCUUCACCUCCAGGUCUACCCAUUCUCCUUCCUCAUCACCAACAGACGCUUCAGCGAGCACCUUCAGGAUCCACUUGAUCCAGAGCACCAGGAGCUCACCAGAGACCUGGGUGAUGCGGUGGCGAGGGCCCUGAGGGACCACAGGAGCUUCCUGCAACUGCUGAUAAGAGAAUUUCUGCCUGGCUCCUUGAUCUGCCAUGGGGACCUGGUGUUCCAGCACCCUGCUCCCACCAGCCUGGAGGUUCUGGAGGCACUUGUGCUCUCGGUUGGGUCCAACAAGGCUUUGGCUGGUUCAGACUUGCAGGUGGACCCCUACUCUCUUGUUGUGGGAGAGGACACCCUGGAGCCCCCCCCGCCCCAGCCAGGCUUUCCUGAGUACGGCGUGGCCAUCAUCGUUGUGUGCAGCCUCUGCUUUAUCACCGCUGCCAUCGUCCUGCUGGUGUGUCUGAGGAACAAGAGGCUUGGCUGGCGGGAUGUGGUGGUCCUGUGGGACAGAAGAGACCCUGAAGCGGGGACCCAGAACCUGGAAAUGGAGAACCAAGGAUUCUGGAGAUCCUCUGAACAGGGCACGGAGAAUGUUCAGAUGCAAAGUGACUCUGCCUGAUGAGAGAAGAUGCAGCUGAUGGUCGGGAGGAGCCUAAAAAGGGGUUGGUGGGGGGACAGAGAUGCUGAGAACCCCUCCCUGCUGUUAAAAGUUCUUCUUGUGAAGGAUGUGGGCUCAGAUGGAUGAAGAAAUAAUUCUUUUAAUUUGUUGAACUUUAUUAAAUUGUUUAGACUGUCAAACCCA